AUGGAAGGGAUCCAAGGCCGCUUCAUUCCUCCUGGUCAUCUCGAGGGCGGUGGAAGAGCAAUGGCCUCUGACCGUCGAAUGGCUGGCCCAGAGGGUCUGCCCAUGCGGCCAGACGCCGGCUACUACUCUUACAACCCAGCCGAUCUGCCAUUCAUGCCCUCCUACGGUAUCAACCAUCCUCAAGCGCCGCCUCCCAUGGGAUAUCCUGGCCCCUUGAUGCCCCCCUUCGCUCCUUCGAUGGACAUGAUGAAUGGUCGUGUCAUGGCACCACCGAGCCAAGUCUGGAAUCCCCCUGCGCCAGGAAGCUUCUUGAUGACGCCCGACAAUAUGUUCAAUCACAAUGCGAUCUUUGGUCCUGUCAGCCCUGGACUUGGCCCCGAGCAUGCUGUCCCAUUCGAUCCAAAUUCCGAGCCUCCGUUCAUUGAUUCAGCCGAACUACAUCGUCCCAGACGCAACGGUGUCAUCAAGAUCAAGAAUAUCCCCUACGGCCUCACCGUGACAGAGGUUCAGCAGUUCAUCUGCAAGUACGUGCAUCCGAACGACCUGAUCAAACCACAUCAAGAUGGAUUCCCGGUUCACAUCAUCAUGGAACGCUCCACUGGCAAGACGAUGGACUGCUACGUUGAGCUGAUCUCCCCAGAAAUCGCCGCUGAUGCCUGGGAGCGUGGGUUCAGCUAUGGACCAUGCCGUUUUCCUAAGCUUGGACAGAGACACGUGAUUGUGGAGCUGAGUGACCAGGCAGAGUUGAUGAAAGAUCUGUUUCCAAGAGCUCGCAGCAUCGUUUGGGACAAGGAAGCAUUCGGUGUUCCAAGAAAGGCCGCCAAUGUCGAUAAAUUCUCGUCAGGUUUUGCUGGUUUCGUCACUGCAGAAGAAAUGGCAGGGGUUGUGAGACAUGCCGAAACUCCGCAGCGUUCUCCAUUCGCUUCACGCAGUUUGCAGCGUACGUUCGAGAGCACCAUCAGUACUCUGUACAAGUUUCCCUGGUCAAGCACUGAGAUGCACACCAUGAGACAGCGCGAUAUUCUGUUCAAGACCUACGGGCGCCAGCUGGAGAUUCUAAUCUUCAAGGUCGAGCGUGAGCCGGCUCACGGCAGAGAUCGAGAAGUCGGCCUGGACAUCAAACUUUUGAUGGACUUUUGCUUCGCCGGCAUGAACUGUCUUGGCUUUUCUGAGCGCCAGAAAGCUGCGAUAGCCGAUGCGUCGCGCCAGAUCGGCCCCGGGUUCCGUACCAGUGUCCAUGCUCGUAACUGGCCCUUCCAGGCGCUGGCAGCCAAUCCAAGCACCCUGUCUGAUCAAGACAUUGGGAUGUGGAUUGAGAUCUUGGACUUGGGAAUGGUGGCCAUGGAGCGCGAGAACCGUCAAUCCAUUGGCAUUCGACCGUACCUCGAAGUUGUACGCGAUGACAAGGGCUAUGUGCUGUUCAAGUACACUGACAGAGGCUCGAACAUAACCCGCAAGGACUAUGCUAUGCUGGAGUACAACUUCAUGCGACAGAUGCUGCACAAGGGCUGGGCUACCUAUAUGCAUAACUCUGGCCUUGCUCCUCCGCCGGAUUUCGAGGACAACUACCCUGACGCUAUCCACGAUUACGAUGAGGCAAAUGGUGACGAUCUUCUGGAGAAGCAUAGUGUAUUUGCAUGCGCAAAGGCAGAUGAUACCAACAAACAACUCGCCGCAUUCCUCGAGUUGCUCCGUAUCACCCGUGACGAAGAGUAUGUCAAGGAAUGGAACGGCAACCAUGGCGACAACAACGCACAAGGUUCUUUCGCACUCGGAGCAGGUUUUGAGCAUCCCAUGUCACCUGAUCGAGGUAGGGUCAAGUCGCCAGUCAAACGUCUCGGUCAUCACGCGAAAACUCAGAGCUUGUCCGUUUUCCCAGAGUUGGCUGGGACGAGCAUGGGUCCUAUCCUGAGCCCGCCUUUCGAGAUCGAACCAAGCAAGCGUGCAUGGAAACCGCAACAGCGUCAUGCCAGCGAUUCGGCUUUGGACAUGGCUGACCGCAUCAUCAGUCCACCUCGCAUCAGCACCGCUCGCAAGGCCAGUCCGUCUCGUCAAGAAAGCGUGACCAAGGAAUCUGCAACCGAUGGACCAAAUCUGCCUCCAGUGUUCAAAGUUCCGCGUCGCGAACGUCAAGUCGUCCGUAUCCGCGCUCCAGAUGGUACUCCGGUCACGUUCACCCAGCAAGCUGAGCCUGACAAUACUGCUGAAGGUGUUAGUGGAAUGCACAUCAAGACCCCGCAGGCCUCAACCGUGACCACUCCAGCAACAGCCAAUACUCCGACCAGCAACCAUGCCAGCCCCCGUCGAGCAGGUUUUGCGUAUCUCAACGACGUCAACAACCAUAGCUCCGACCAGGCCAACGUCGAUGCCAGUCCCAGCACCCAUGCCAAGCCCGUCGUCAUGCCGAACGUCGGUAGACCCAGUCCCGGCCACACUCGCAACUUUGGCAUGAGUUCGACCUUCAGCUUCGUUGCUCAGUCCGCAUCUUCGUCGCCGGCUGUUGCCCGCUCCGCUCAUGGUACACGAAUGGUUGCAGAAUCAGGUUCUCCACUGGCACGCGGCAGAGGAGGUGGUCCUCCGGCAGCAGGAAUGGUCGGCUCCACCACUGACUCUUUCCGCUCUGGAUAUGGACCUGGACCAGGAUCUGGACAGCGAUCCCGAGCCCGUUCGACUUUCAGCUUCAGCGAGCCAAUCGAUGAAGAGGAAUUCGACGGAACCGACGUCAUGUCUGGCCGUCGCCAGUAG